AUUCCAAGACGAGGAGGAGAUCGUCUGUUGGGAAAGCCUAGCGUUUUCGUCUCAUUCCUCUGUUGCAAGGAAGCAAGUGAGACAGAGAAGCGACGAGAGCUUCCAACAGAGAGGCUGAGGUCAACCUCGCAAGAGUCAGACACAGUACCAAAUACGCUGCAGGGUCACAUUCUGCACGCUUACAAUAGGGACCCAGCAAAAGUGUUGGCAGCCGCGCUCGUGUACCGGUCAGUAUGGACGCCGCCGCGAGGGAAGCGCAGCAGAGUGGUGUGGAAUGGCGGGUGACCGUGCCGGAGGGCACGUCGGUGACCGUGGAGCACGAGGCCGGCCCUGCCGCGAGGGCGUGGACGUGGCUGGUGGCUUGCUUUGCCAUGGCGUGGAGCAGGGUCGCCGGGUUCGCAAGGAAGGUGUGGAGGAUCGGGACAGAUGAUCCUCGGAAGGCGGUGCACGGGCUCAAGGUCGGGCUGGCGCUCGUGCUGGUCUCCGUCUUCUACUACACGAGGCCCCUGUACGACGGCGUUGGUGGGUCUGCCAUGUGGGCCAUCAUGACGGUCGUCGUUGUCUUCGAAUACACUGUUGGUGGCAGCGUAUACAAGUGUUUCAACCGAGUGGUUGCUACGGCGAGCGCCGGCGUUCUCGCGCUCGGCGUGCACUGGGCGGCUGACAAGUUUGGCGAGCUCGAGCCUUACAUCCUCAGUGGCUCGCUCUUUCUGCUGGCUGCGGCGGCCACUUUCUCGCGGUUCAUCCCGACGGUGAAAGCGCGGUUCGACUACGGCGUGACCAUCUUCAUCCUGACGUACAGCCUGGUGGCCGUGUCGGGGUACCGCGUCGACGAGCUAGCGGCGCUGGCGCAGCAGCGGCUCUCCACCAUCGCUAUCGGCAUCUUCCUGUGCCUCGCCGUCAGCGUGCUCAUCUGCCCCGUGUGGGCCGGCCAGGAGCUGCACCUCCUCACCACGCGGAACAUGGACAAGCUCGCGGCCGCCGUGGUGGCCUGCGUCGAGGGCUACUUCGCGGAGGGGCCGGCCAGCAGCAGCAGGGCGGGGGCGGACGGGUACAAGUGCGUGCUCAACUCCAAGGCGUCCGAGGACGCGCAGGCCAACCUGGCGCGGUGGGAGCCCGCGCACGGCCGCUUCGGCUUCCGCCACCCCUACGGGCAGUACGCCAGGGUGGGCGCGGCGAUGCGCGCGUGCGCCUACUGCGUGGAGGCCCUGUGCAGCUGUGCGGGCGCCGAGGCGCAGGCGCCCCCGCACGUGAAGCGGCUCCUCCGCGACGCGUGCGCCACGGUGGCUGUGCGGUGCGCGCGGGUGCUCGGGGAGGCGUCGCGCUCCGUCGCCACCAUGUCCACGUCCUCCUCCCGGGCCCUGGACUUCGCGGUGGCGGACAUGAACACGGCAGUGCAGGAGCUUCAGGCCGACUUGCGGGCGCUCCCGUCCAUGCUGGCCGUGAAGCUGGGAGAGACGUCCCUCAUGGACACCAUGCCCGUCUUCACCGUGGCGUCGCUGCUGGUGGAAAUAUCCGCGAGGGUCGAGGGCGUCGUUGACGCCGUCGACGCGCUGGCGACGCUUGCCAACUUCAAGCAGCUGGAUGACGACGACAACGACGACAAGAAGGGAGAAGCCGAGAUGACGAUCAAAGUGCACCCGCUGAACGAACCGGACACCGCCGAUGAGUCACGGGAAAACCAGACAAGCAAGGCUUGAUCGAUAGUAAGGAACAUGAAAAACCUCCAUCAUCAAACCAGGCGGCAGAGAUCAGACACGACGAACUCGAUAAGAUUUAACCGCAGUACCGAGGAACUCUAUAUAUACAGGCGGUUAUGAACAUAUUUGUAUUGACGUUUUUUAAACCGUCAGUACUAUAGGUCAGUACUAUAGGUCAGUAGAAAAAUUAAUUAUACAUGGGGAUAACUGAGAACCGUCAGUCAGUUAAGGUAAUAAAACCGUAAGUGGAAAUCCUUUUCAAGAAACAUAAAAUAUGUUUUUAGAAUAACAAAAAUAAUAUUUUUGUUAGGGAGAAGGGCUUUUUUCAUGACAAAUUUGC